CGUCAGUUGGACAGGUCAGAGGUCACACCAACAUGGCGGCUGCUGAGCUGAAAAGUUUGGAGGCGCAGAAAACAGCCCCUCCCUCUGCAGAGUUACUGGACUUUCCCUUCUCCCUGCUGGAGGUGGGAUGUGCGGGGAAGGUUCACGUUUGCCCCGGGGGGGACACGGCAAAACACCCGCUGCCACCACUGACUACGCUCCCCCAUGGGCUGCCGCCGGUACUGCAGGACCUGCAGGCCCAGUUGAGAGGCUACCUGCAGCGUCCUGAGGACCUCCCCAUUCACGACUUCCAGCCGGCACAGAAGUUCUGGCCCCGUGAGCGAGACCCAGAGGCCCUGUACUCUGCAGACGUCUGUCCUCUCCAGACGACACUUCAGGUGGAACGGAACCCGACCUCAGGGGAACUUCUCGGCUACAAGGAGGUGUAUCUCCAAGACACGGGAAUUUCUGCCAAGAACUCUCUGUCACUACGGCGACCACCAGGACCCCCCACGGAGGCCACGCGGGGGAGUUCCACGAACUAUCCCUUCUGGCCGGGGGGGAUGGACGAGCCUGACCUGGGGACUGUGCUGGGGGAGGAGGGGGCAGGAAACAUUGAUUUUGAAAAUGACCUUCUCUCCUGUCCGCCUGGGUUUGAGCAUGGAGUCGACUUCAAGAAGCUGAAGAAGAAAGAAGAACAGUUGGCCAAGAUGGCCGCCCCUUCCCAGCAUGCCCCAAAUGUGCUGAACCUGGCCGACAUCCUUGCAGGGGAUGAUGGGAUGGAUUGGAGUGAGGAGGAGGAGGAGGAAGAUCAGGAGACUAAGGAACUGCCCACACUACAGAGGGCAGACAGUCUGGACAACAUGCUCCCUCAGGUAGGGACAGCAUCUCUGACAUCUCUAAAGCUCCACAAUGUGGAAGAUAUAGGAAACCCUCUUCCACACCACACCCUGCUUGAGAGCCAGACUGCUGAGGUGCCCACCCCCCCAGCACCAGUGAAACCCCCCCAGGAGGAGCAGUGGGCCGUGAACGUUGACAUCAGCACGCCUGUAGCCGUCCACAAGCGGAUCCCCAACCCUGCCUACCAGUGGCCGUUUGAGCUGGACGUGUUCCAGAAGCAGGCAAUUCUGCACCUGGAGAACCACGACAGCGUCUUCGUGGCCGCGCACACCUCCGCGGGAAAAACCGUGGUGGCCGAGUACGCCAUCGCGCUCUCACAGAAACACGUCACCAGGACAGUUUACACCUCCCCUAUCAAGGCCCUGUCCAAUCAGAAGUUCCGAGACUUUAAGCAGACGUUUGAAGACGUGGGGCUGCUGACGGGAGACGUGCAGCUGCGCCCUGAGGCCGCCUGCCUCAUCAUGACCACAGAGAUCCUCAGGUCGAUGCUGUACAACGGCUCAGACGUUAUCCGCGACCUGGAGUGGGUCAUCUUCGACGAGGUCCAUUACAUCAACGAUGCUGAGAGAGGAGUUGUGUGGGAGGAAGUACUGAUCAUGUUACCAGAACAUGUGAACAUCAUCCUACUCAGUGCCACAGUUCCGAACACCAUGGAGUUCGCAGACUGGAUCGGGAGGACAAAGAAGAAGAAGAUCUAUGUGAUCAGCACACUGAAGCGGCCGGUUCCUCUGGAGCAUUUUCUGUACACUGGGAACAGCAAACAGACUAGCAAGGAACGCUUCCUUAUCGUGGACUCUGCUAGGAACUUCCUCACCAAGGGGUACUAUGCAGCGAUUGAUGCUAAGAAAGCUCGCGCCUCAAAGUCUUCCUCUGGGUACGGAGCCAAAGGCACGAGAGGAGGGGACCCCAGACAGGAGAAAAACGUCUGGCUGUCCAUCAUCCAGGCCAUCCAGAGAGACGACAAACUGCCCGUGGUGGCCUUCACCUUCUCCAAGCGCCGCUGCGACGACAACGCCGCCAUGCUGACCUCGAUCGACCUCACCACCGCCGCCGAGAAGAGCGAGAUUCACCUGUUCAUCCAGAAGUCUCUGCAGAGGCUGAAGGGACCCGACAGGGACCUGCCUCAGGUAAAACACCUUCAGGACCUUUUGAAGCGGGGGUUAGCUGUGCACCACAGCGGAAUCCUGCCCAUCCUUAAGGAAGUGGUGGAGAUGCUGUUCAGCAGGGGACUCGUCAAGUUCCUGUUUGCGACAGAGACGUUCGCCAUGGGAGUAAACAUGCCGGCACGGACAGUUCUGUUCGACUCCAUCAGAAAACACGACGGCACGCAGAUGCGAGACCUGCUGCCUGGCGAGUAUAUCCAGAUGGCGGGCCGUGCGGGGCGGCGAGGACUGGACACGACCGGUACCGUGAUCAUCCUGUGUAAGGGAGAUGUGCCGGAGAUGGCCGACCUGCACAAGAUGAUGCUGGGCAAGCCGACCCAGCUGGAGUCGCGUUUCCGGCUGACCUACACCAUGAUCCUGAAUCUUCUGCGUGUGGAGGAGCUGCGGGUAGAAGACAUGAUGAAGAGAAGCUUCUCCGAGUUCCACACCAGGAAGGACACGCAGGUGCACCAGACGGAGGUUAAGAACGUACAGGAAAAACUGAAAACAGUAAAGGAGCCAGACUGCUACAUGUGUGGUCUUGACCUUGAAUCCUACUACAUGACCUGCAAGGAACUCUGGGAACUCAGAAGACAGCUGCAGAGACAGAUCCUGACGUCCCCCCACGGACUGAAGGCCAUGUCGGCGGGAAGGGUCGUAACCGUUAGCAACCACAGACACAACAACGCCCUGGGAGUGGUGCUGCAGGUAACCUCGGGCAGUGGUAACGAGAAGCUCUUCACCACGUUGAUCAUCUGUGACGCCUCAGUGUCAGAGAGUCCGCCCCCCUCCCCCGCGCGACCUUCAGACAAGGUCACCCCGGUCCUGCUGACCUCUGACCUGUUCCUGCCGGACGGGCCUGGAGGUCAUGUUGUCGAGCCACUCCGUCCUGAAGACAUCACCAUGGCAACGACCUCCACCCUGAAGAUCAACGCGGACAGGAUUGUGGACGACGUCAGGAAGCGACAGCAGCCCAGGUUCAGGAACGACCCACCCGGCCAGUCUGUCACCGUAGCGACCCAGGAGCUCCUGAGACUGACAGAGACUCACCCGGGUGGGCUAACCCCGCUUGACCCAGUAAAGGACCUGGGAGUGCGGGACGUGGACUCCGUGGAGCUCCUCCGGAGAAAACAGUUCCUGCUGGAGUCUCUGGAGAAGUUCUCCUGCCAGCACUGCACCAAGUUCAGGGAGCACUUUGAAGAAUUGAGGGAAAACCUCGAGCUGAAGGAGAGGCUGAACCACCUGUGUUACCUGCUGUCCGACAACAGCCUGGCAUUGUUACCUGAGUACGAACAAAGGGUACAGGUGCUGAAGCGGCUGCGUUACCUGGAUGCGGCAGGUACGGUGCAGCUGAAGGGGCGCGUGGCGUGUGAGAUCAGUAACUCACCUGUUCUCACCUGUUGCAGGUACCACCUGUUGCAGGUGCUGAAGCGGCUGCGUUACCUGGAUGCGGCAGGUACGGUGCUGAAGCGGCUGCGUUACCUGGAUGCGGCAGGUACGGUGCAGCUGAAGGGGCGCGUGGCGUGCGAGAUCAGUAACCACGAGCUGCUGAUCACGGAGCUGGUUUUCGAGAACGUUCUGACGGACCUCCAGCCGUCGGAGAUCGCCGCGCUGCUGUCCUGUAUCGUGUUUCAGGAGAGAAGAUGUGUAGAGCCCACUCUGACGGAAACACUUCAAAAGGGCAAGGAUGACAUCAUCGCCAUGGCGACGCGUCUUGCGGAGCUGCAGCGGGAGUGCGGGGUCAACGUGCAGGUAGAGGACUGCGUGGAGGAGCUCAAGUUCGGCCUGGUGGAGGCUGUGUUCCAGUGGGCACAGGGCAUGCCGUUUUCCAAGAUCACCGAGCUGACCGACGUGCAGGAAGGCGUGAUCGUGCGCUGCAUCCAGCGGUUGGACGAAGCAUGUCGCGAUGUUCGGAGCGCCGCCCGAAUCAUCGGAGACCCGAACCUGUACGCCAAGAUGGAGCUCGCCUCCGAGAAGAUCAAGAGAGACAUUGUGUUCGCCGCUAGCCUCUAUACGCAGUAGGGUUUAAAUCAUCAUCAUCUGGGCGUGCUGCUUGCACGGAUGGCCAUGACUCUCUUCCUCCAUCCUUCCCUAUCCUCCAUAGCCUUGGGCAGAUCUUCAGCCGAGCAGCAGGCAUCGUCACAAAGUUGAUGUAGAUUAUGUUUUGUAUGUCUACCUUUAUCUUUACUCCGCCAUGCGUGACCAGCAAACCUCAGCCUUCUUUCUGACUUGAAGUUUCUCGUAUGACUUGAGAUAACGGUGGUAGAUCUCCAUACAACAGUUUUUUUGUAGGAUUAAUGUUUGUAAAUGAUUAACAGCACAGCUUUAGAAUACACCAGUUUUGUACAGUAAGAACAAUCUGUGUUUGCCGCUAGCCUCGACACGCAGUAGGGUUAAUGUUUGAAAACAGUAAAAUAUGGCAGCUUUGUAUAACACACCUGGUUUUGUGCAGUUAAUGAUACAAGCUGCGCUUGCCGCUGCGGAAGGCUCUACACGCAAUAGGACUUGUUUGUAAAUAGUAAAACAGCACAGCUUUGUAACACACCAAUUUUGUACAGCAAGCUGUGUAGGACCAGACUGUAAGGUUUGACCCACUCGUACCAGAAGAUCAAGAUUAGACAAUGUGUUUGGCACUUAAGAGUCUACACGCGGUAGGAUUUGUCAGUUUUGGCAUAACACAUCAGCCUUGACAUGUACACUAAUAUAAGUAAAAACUGCAUCGGAUCAAACUGGUUAAACCACCUCCAGGCAAAACACACCAGAAGAUCAAACUAGACAUUGUGUUUGGCACCAUGCAGGGACGGGUACCGGAAAUUCAGAUCGAGGUCCGGACCUGAACGUGGACCUGAUUGUGAAUAGGCAAUACUCAAAACAAUACAAAGCAUUUGUCUUCUCUGUGACAACCGAUGGAAGAAUAUCUUUUCAGGGAGCUUAACUGGAUCGAGAUCACUUUUACUUUCUUUUGCGUGUACUAGAUGUCUUGUAGUUACCUGUUACUGUAAGUACAUUUAAGUCCGCGGGGAUUCAAUUUCGCGGUAGCGGGAAAAAUUAUUUUCGUGGUGGAUUUAAUUUCGCGGUAACACCAUCGACUGCAGUCUAAUACCUUAAUAGAAAAAUGUUCGCGGUAAAGUGUUCGCCGCGAAAACCGCAAACAUUAAUCCACCGCGAACAUUUCUGCAUUUACAGUAUUGCCUUGAGUAAUAACCUGCUAAGGUUUCACUGGUAGGUUCUGUUGGCAUUAAGGCGGGAGGAUUUUGUUUUAAUUCUCACCUAUUCAAUUACUACAAUAUUCUUCCAGUGACUCGUUUUAAAGGUAUAAAGAAAUACCUCCAAAUUUUCGAUGUCUUGCAGCACAUAUUUUUACGGAGUGAAAUAGUCUCUUUUAUAUUCUCGGGACAACUUAGGUCAUUUACAUGCUCGGGACAACUUAAUUGAUCCCUUUACCCUCCAGUCGCGUCACUUUGUUACCGGCAGUCACUUACUAAUAAUAUUGAAAUCAUUGACGUAGAAGCACGCAAGGCCCACAGAAAGAUUUAGGAGGCUGUCCACAUCCAGCUGGAGGGUGCGAAGCUGAACCGCAAUGAGGGCUGGGAGCUGCCCAAGUCCUACCUACCCCUUCUCCGUACCGAGGUGGGGGGAGGGGGACAGAUGAUCUACACAAGCCUGACAUAGUCUCGUGUUCUCUCGCGAGACUUGGUCACUCCGUCAACAAUAUGUGCUGCAAGACAUUGAAGGGCAAUGACCCUAAUUGAUGCAGGCACAGUAUUUUAGCCUAUUUUCGACUUUUAGCAGGAAAAUGUAAGUACCAUUUAAUAUUGGUGAGACAGUGUAGGUUGCAGGUGUUCAGAUUUGGCAAAAAAACAAGGUUUUGGUUAAUUUUUUAGGCCUGUGCUGACCCCUAAUUUGAAGUGGUCAGUCCCUAAAAUGAUGUCAUGGAAAGGCAAGAUGGCGGCACUUUUGACCGCUGAAAUAUCUUGCGCUGGUCAGAAAGUUUAAAGAUUAGACUUUUGGACACUUGAGAUAGCAGGCUGCUGUGUGGGGUGAGUUCUUAUUACAUGGAAUGUUCACGGAUGAGAUUAUGACACUCUGAACUUGCUAACUUUUACAUUAUCGCCUAUGCAGAUUUGUAUUAGUGGUAACUGCUCUGAACAUGAGGUAUGUAUCUAUGCCUUAUAAAAACAGUCACUGUUGGAAGAAUAUUAUUGUAACUGUAUUCAUAAGUGUCCAAUGAGCCUCUUCAACAAUAAUCUAUUCAAGUUUGAGUUUGACUUCAAUUAUGUUCAAUAACUUGAUAACAUACCAGUACAUGUAGCUACUCCUCCUGUGGUCAUUAUCAACAUACAUAAUUGAACAAAUACACGAGUCGUAAAAAAAACCCACAGACAAACCAUUCUGUUUUAAAUUUUUUUGGGGUUACGUGCAUUCUAUCAAGUUAUCCAGUCAUUUCUAAUUUCACAGCUUUUUUUUUUUUUACCGAUAUGAAUGUGAUCUAUACCUUAUACAUCAGUGUUAGUAACUUUAUAAUUCAGAAAGAUAUCUUAAGUACACAAGAAUACCACAGUACACCGGAAAAGGACACAGUAAUGCAGAGAUAGUUUUUUCAGUACCGACUAAAUCCAAGGCGUUUUUCUACUCUUUAUCUUAGGUAGUACUAGUAAAUGGGAUGAUCAGAAGUUUGUGAUAUAUAUUUCUUUAAAAAA